AUGAGCCGAAGUUGCAAACCAAAUGUGCACCCGAUCGGCGUUCAGUGUAAUGUAGGGGAACGUGAGAACGUCUUGGAACCGCGUGUCAAUGUUUGUGGGAACAGGAACCACGUUCUCAGGGGUGCCCGAGAAAUGCCAGGAAUUCAGCCAGUCGUGAGGUCUCGGUUCCUCGGGAGGUAAGUCCUUGGGGCUUACGUAAUUCCUGGCGGGCCUUGCGGGACAAUCCUGCGCACAUUUUACUAAGUGAAAAAGCCCCAGUAAAAAUAUCUGUCGGGCUUAUUUCAGAGUAUCCAAAAGCUGAGGUCAUUAGGCUGGUGUCAUGAGCUGCGUUGGAUGCAGCUCAUCUUCCCUCUAACGAAACAAUCAGAGCACCGCGAGAUGCUGAUGCCAAGGUGCAAAAUCAUUGGGUGCGAUCCUAAACGCAUCUACUUGGCAGCAAGUUCCACGGAAGCGGUGGCCGUUCUUGCAAAGGAGCGUGUUUGGGAUUGUCUCCUCGAGCCCCUUGAUUCCGUGGGACUUACUCUGAAGUACUGUAAACAUGCGUGGAUCCGCCUGCGCGUGACUUGCGCGUUUCCUUUCCCAGCGUAA